AUGUCUGCGACGUCGCGGUGCCUGGCGACGCUGAUCGCCGUCACGCUGGUCCAGGGCGGAGCUGGUGACUCUGCGCCCGGGCCCUCAGAGGCCUGCAGGCGCGACGCCGCAUCGGAGGAGCUGGAGGAGGCGCCACUGCUGCAGGUGAAAGCGGCGGCGGAGAGCAACCGCAGCAGCCAGACAUCGGAGGGACCCUCCUGCUGCUCGCACGGGUACAACUCCUUCCAUCAGGUCUUCUGUGAUCCCUUCUGCGUGUUCUACUCCCAGGUGGGCUGCAUGGCAGACGGGCAGAACGCCGCUUGUCGUUACUGUGGCGUGUCGGGAUCCCAGGACUGCCGCGUGAGGUCCUUUGGGGAAAGCGACAUCGACAAUGUUUUGGGCGAGGUUCGCAGGACGUGGCCCGGGGCGCGCAUCUCUGGGGCCGAGUGGGAGCCUGACGAAGGCCACUUGGGAACCGCGCAGUACGGCGGAAGCUUCGAGGUCGACGUCACGACACCCGAUGGCAGUGUCUGGGAAGUCGACGUAUCCCCCACGGGGAAGAUUCUAGAGAUCGAAGGAAAAGGGCAGCUUCUGCAGGCGAAAGCGGCGGCGGAGAGCAACCGCAGCAGCCAGACAUCGGAGGGACCCUCCUGCUGCUCGCACGGGUACAACUCCUUCCAUCAGGUCUUCUGUGAUCCCUUCUGCGUGUUCUACUCCCAGGUGGGCUGCAUGGCAGACGGGCAGAACGCCGCUUGUCGUUACUGUGGCGUGUCGGGAUCCCAGGACUGCAGCGUGAGGUCCUUCGGGGAAAGCGACAUCGACAAUGUUUUGGGCGAGGUUCGCAGGACGUGGCCCGGGGCGCGCAUCUCUGGGGCCGAGUGGGAGCCUGACGAAGGCCACUUGGGAACCGCGCAGUAUGGCGGAAGCUUCGAGGUCGACGUCACGACACCCGAUGGCAGUGUCUGGGAGGUCGACGUAUCCCCCACGGGGAAGAUUCUAGAGAUCGAAGGAAAAGAGCAGCUUCUGCAGGCGAAAGCGGCGGCGGAGAGCAACCGCAGCAACCAGACAUCGGAGGGGCCUUCUUGCUGCUCGCACGGAUACAACUCCUUCCAUCAGGUCUUCUGUGAUCCCUUCUGCGUGUUCUACUCCCAGGUGGGCUGCAUGGCAGACGGGCAGAACGCCGCUUGUCGUUACUGUGGCGUGUCGGGAUCCCAGGACUGCAGAGUGAGGUCCUUCGGGGAAAGCGACAUCGACAAUGUUUUGGGCGAGGUUCGCAGGACGUGGCCCGGGGCGCGCAUCUCUGGGGCCGAGUGGGAGCCUGACGAAGGCCACUUGGGAACCGCGCAGUACGGUGGAAGCUUCGAGGUCGACGUCACGACACCCGAUGGCAGUGUCUGGGAGGUCGACGUAUCCCCCACGGGGAAGAUUCUAGAGAUCGAAGGAAAAGGGCAGCUUCUGCAGGCGAAAGCGGCGGCGGAGAGCAACCGCAGCAACCAGACAUCGGAGGGGCCUUCCUGCUGCUCGCACGGGUACGGCUCCUUCAAUCAGGUUUUUUGUGAUCCUUUCUGCAUGUUCUACUUCCAGGUGGGCUGCAUGGCAGACGGGCAGAACGCCGCUUGUCGUUACUGCGGUGUGCAGUGGUCUUGGGACUGCCGCGUGAGGUCCUUCGGGGAAAGCGACAUCGACAGUAUCCUGGGCGAGGUUCGCAGGACGUGGCCCGGGGCGCGCAUCUCUGGGGCCGAGUGGGAGCCUGACGAAGGCCACUUGGGAACCGCGCAGUACGGCGGAAGCUUCGAGGUCGACGUCACGACACCCGAUGGCAGUGUCUGGGAGGUCGACGUAUCCCCCACGGGGAAGAUCCUGAGCGUGGAGGCCAAUUGA